GAAUAGAAAAUAUUUUUUAUACGAUGAAAAUAAAUAUUUUUAUGUUUGUUUUAAUAUUUUUAAUAAAUUUUAAAUUUUGCAAGAGCAUUUCUUAUAGGAACUAUACGUUAUACAAUGUUGUCCCAAUUGAAAGGUAUCAGUUAGUUUUUCUAAAAAAUCUGGAACAACAGAAGUAUUUAAAUGUGAUUUUUUGGACAAGGCCGUUUAAAAUGUACAAUGAUAUUCAAAUACUGGUCGCUCCAAAUGACUUGGAUAUGUUUAAAGAGAGGUUAAGACAUUUCCAAAUGAAAGGAGUGAUAUUGACUAGUGAUAUACAAAAGUUUUUUGAUCAUCAAAAAAUUCGUGGCUACACACGUAUGCAGAUAGAUACAUUUGCGUGGGAUUCUUAUCACAAUUUAGAAGGGGUAUAUCAAUGGAUGACUGAUAUUACUUCAAAAUAUUAUGAAAAAAUCGCUUUGAAAACUGUUGGAAAAUCUGCUGAAGGCAGAGAGAUAUUAGCUAUUGAAAUCAGAAAUCCGAAAGCAAAAUCAAAGGUUAUAGUUGAAGGUGCAAUCCAUGGUAACGAAUGGAUAACAACUGAGUUCGUCACUUAUCUUGCGUAUAAACUUAUCAAUGCCGAUAAAUCACUGAACUCGCGGUUGAAACAAGUGGCAAGGAAGUAUCACUGGUUCCUGAUACCGGUCGCAAAUCCUGAUGGUUAUAAUUAUAGUAUGACAGUUGAUCGUCUGUGGCGCAAAAAUAGAAGAGAUCUCGGCAACGGGACGUUUGGGGUUGAUUUAAAUAGAAACUUUGACUACAGUUUUUGCAAUCACGGAGGAAGUAACAAUCCUAACAAUGAAUAUUACUGUGGCCCGGAACCUUUUUCUGAACCUGAAAGCCGAGCUCUGUCUUACUUCAUAGACAAUAAUAAAGGGAAUCUGAACUAUUAUUUUGCUUUCCACUCGUACGGACAGAAAAUAAUUAUUCCAUACUCUGAUAGAGUUAAACAUAUUGAAAAUUUUUCAGAAAUGGAAAAUUAUGGGAAACAAGCUAUAUUGAAAAUGUAUAAAUUGAAUGGCGUCAAAUACGGAGUUGGAACUAUUUACGACACGUACGGAUGCAGAAUAUCUGGCGACAGCAUAUCGUGGGUGAAGAAAACGUAUAAAGUCAAAUACUCAUUAGCGUUCUACCUCCGUGACAAUGGCACGUAUGGUUAUGCACUACCACGGGAGAAAAUUCAGCCAACUUGCAAGGAAAUGCUCAUAGGAUUAGUGGAACUGAUGACGGUCCGGCACAGGAUGAAAUUAUUAAUAAUAUAUAUUUUAAUAAUAUGCAUCGGCCUGUGUACUCCAAAGAAAUACUAUAACCAUACAUUAUUCAGAGGAAUACCAGUGACAGAAAAUGAUUUAGAAUUCUUCAAUAAUAUAAGUAAAAUUUAUGAUGUUGAUUAUUGGAGACUUCCAGGUCUCAUGUAUAGACCUGUCGAAUUCCUUAUGCCGCCAAAAAAGAAGAAACAAUUCGUCAAAGAAGCUGCAACCAAAGGAAUUUAUCUGACCACCCUCAUAGAAGAUAUUCAGAGUGCAUUCGAUAUGCAAACGGUGAAAACGUACAUAAGACGGAACAUGGACUCUUUCGACUGGUCCAGCUAUUUCCGACUGGACGACAUUUACAAUUGGCUGCAGGAUCUAAAUAAACUACAUCCAAAAUCAAUGCUAUUGAUGAAUAUAGGAAAGACGACCGAGAAACGCGACAUUCUAGCAGCUCGGGUUGUACUGGAUAAAAAAAAAAACAAGCCGAAAGUAAUCGUAGAAGGCGGUAUCCAUGCCAGAGAGUGGAUUUCUAUAGCCUUCGUCACGUAUUUCCUGCAUCAGAUCGUAACAGCUAAAGAGUCUAAUGAUAUGGCUUUGACAAAAAUAGCUAAAACAUACGAAUGGUACUUUGUACCGGUGCUAAACCCUGAUGGAUAUGAAUACACACAUCUUAAGGAUCGCAUGCAUCGCAAGAACGCAAACGAUGUUGACAUUAAUAGAAAUUUUGGUAUCGCGUUUGGAACUGUAGGUGUGAGCCACGCCAAGAGUAGUGAAAUAUACUGUGGACCGACAGCAUUCUCUGAGGCUGAGAGUGUCGCUAUGGGUAAUUUCGUGAGAGAAAACAGUAAAAAUCUUCAAUAUUAUCUGGCGUUUCAUUCGUAUGGUCAAUACAUGAUUAUACCUUACGCUUUCUCAACGAAACAUCAUGAAAACUUUGACGAAGUCAGAGAUAUGGGACUCUUCGCUGCUAAUGCUAUAUCAAAAAGAUACGGAACGCAUUAUUCCGUUGGUACAGCCUAUGACACAGUUGGCUACAUAACUUCAGGCGUAAGCGGAUGUUGGGUGAAAAAAUCUUUUCAAGUACCAUAUGUCUUGACAUUUGAAUUGCGCGAUGAUGGUAAGCACGGCUUUGCUUUACCAACAAAUGAAAUUUUACCAACUUGUAUGGAGACUAUGGACGGUCUGGUCACCCUACUCACUCCUGAGCAGAAGUUGAGUGAUAUCAAUAAGUUAAAGGGGAAAGGAGAGAUGACGAAUAUUCUUGACGGUUUUGUUGUUAUUUGGAAUAUUUUGUUGUUUAUUAUAGUCCGUUUUGAUUGA